AGCCGUCCUCGUCAAAUCAGCGGAGCCUCUAUCAAGAUGCGGCUGAAGAUGCCACAGAAGCUGCUAAAAACUGCCCACUACAUCGAGCUGGGCAGCUACCAGCACUGGCCGGUGCUGUUACCGCAACGGAUCCGGCUGUACACGUACGAGCAGGCCCCCCUGUUCCUCAGAGAGAACCCCUACAUCACAGACGGCUACAGGGCUCACCUGCCCUCCAAGCUCUGCCUGAAAAGUAUAUUCAUUCUUUCUAAUGAGACGGUUAACAUUUGGAGCCACCUCCUGGGUUUCCUUCUCUUCUUCUUCCUGGGGGUCAACGACCUGUCAUACCUGCUGCCGGCCUCCAGAGCCAACAGGGAGGACUAUGUCAUCUACGCCAUCGGACUGUUCUGCUUCCAGGUCUGCAUGCUGUGCUCAGUGGGAUAUCACCUGUUCUCAUGUCAUCGCUCAGAGAAGACCUGCAUGCGCUGGCUAGCGUUGGAUUACGCAGGCAUUUCUGUGGGCAUUCUGGGGUGUUACGUCCCCGGGAUCUUCUAUGCUUUCUACUGUAACGCAUUUUGGCGCCAGGUCUACCUGCUCACUGUGCUCUCCAUGAUCCUGGCCGUCUUCUGCGCUCAGGUUCACCCCAGUUACCUCAGCAACGACUGGAAGGUGAUAAGGAUGACAAUCUUCUCCUGUGUAGCAGGAAUUGGAGUCAUUCCUGCAUUGCACUGGGUCUGGCUCAAUGGAGGGCUCACAUCAGAUAUAGUGCAGCUUUUUUUCCCUCGAGUGAUCGUCAUGUACCUGAUUGCAGGUUCUGCCUUCCUCUUCUAUGUCACCAAAAUCCCUGAGCGCUAUUUCCCCGGUCAGGUGAACUAUCUUGGAGCCAGUCAUCAGCUGUGGCACAUCCUGGUCGUGUUCAUGUUCUAUUGGUGGCAUCAAACCGCCGUGCACAUCAUGCACUUCAGGCACAGCCAGCCCUGUCCCGCCUGGAGCAGGAAGAACUAAAGCACGUUUGAAAAUCCUCAUGGAUUCUAAAGUACGGCUCCUGGAGCUUGGUAAAGAUGAGUGUAUCAUCUGGGCACAACCAUAAGAAAAGACUUGAGAUUGUAAUGCAAAAGCACAGUAAAGGAAAGCUCUUGGGUGACAGUUGAUCAACAAUUUAAAACCAUGAACUAAUCCCUCUAUCAAUGCAUGACUUUGGAAAUGUUAUAAAUUUAUCUAAAAACUAAGUUUUUAGCUGAAAACAUGUUUUUUGUAAAGAAGUAUUAAAAUAUCAGUGAAUGUUCUAAAGGUGAGCCAGUUUAAACAUUUUGAGGAAGUUCGCUUUAAUACGGAUGCUGACUUCUUUGAUUUCUUUUGUUAAAAAAAAAAAACAGUUUUAUUUUAAAGCUCCAUCAGACGUCUUUUCAAGCCAAUUGUCGAUCAUUUAAGCCUCGUUAUUGAACAAAUAUUUUUUUGUCCUCAAAAGACCUCAAGCAACAGAAGGUUUGGAUUUUACGUCCUGCACUUCUGCUCUUUUGUUUUUUUUUAAUGAAAUUCAGAGUUUUUUUUUUCUUUGAAGUCCUACUCCAGUAAUCUUUUGGUGUAACCUAAAACCAUUCCCAGUAGUCUUUUAAUUAUGAUUAUGCUGUUUUAGUCAAAACAAAAAAAGCGUGUCUUUUUCUCUGCUAUAGUUUCUACAAAGCGCCAGGAGUUUGUCCAAAAUUGGCCCCUGAGUUGUGGAUGGAGCAACAGAUUCCAGCUUGAAAGAUUCACAACAAUUUGAAUAAAGAAAAACUCAGAAAGGUAAUUUUAGCCUAAUUUUCUAUAUGUCUGUUCUACAACAUCAGAAAAAAUAACACAAGCAGCAAAAAUGUAAUGAAAUUCAAAGUAUUUUAUUUAUUUUUUUCUUCCAUUGUUAUUCUCAAGUCUACUCAAAACCAGAAUUAAAAAAAACAACCUAUCAGCAUCAAUUGACGUCAAAUUUACCAAACUUAACCAGAAAUAUAAUAAAUUAUCAAAAAGCACUUAAAUAAAAUGAAUGUUCACAUUUUUUUUUCUCCUAACUGUAUUUAAAUGUCAUGGAAAUGGUAAUAUUGAAUUGAUGUUGAGUUUUGUCCUUUUACCAAUCCCAGACUCUGGUCUGAUCUGUUUAAACCAUCUUUUUUAACGCUUGAUUUCAUUGUGUGAAGAGAAAACAAAUUCCUGCAGGCAAUAAUUAGAAACAUAAAAUGCUUUGAUUCCAUUAAAAAAUGUCCUUUUAUACUGGAAAUCUUCAGUUGCUCUUAACUUUUCAAACAGCAGAAACAUUUUCACUCUGCAGCACAUCUUACUCUUUAGGAAUGAUCCGCAUGCAAACUUAUAACCAUGAAGUGACUUGUGAGGAUUCUGCUUCUUCAAUAUUACCUAUUAUUGAGUAUUAGCUGCAUCUAACUACUUACAAAUGCUUUUUUUUUAUUUCAGGCAAAUUCUGUUUCACAGUCAUUUUCACUUUGUUAGUCAUGACUGGAACAUUAGUUGUAAAUAUAUUUAAAAAAAGUAUUUUCUUUGUGUGAAUAUGAAUCUGCUGAAAGCACUUCCUGUUGUACACAGAAGAAUUUUUAUUUUUCUAUAAAUUGCCUGAUUUUUCUUUUAGUGGUUUAAUGAUUGUUUCAUGUUGAUGUGUUUCAAAUCUUUUGUGUGAUCUGUAAGUUGUUCAUGAGAUGUUCUAUUUUCAGUGCCUCUGUGGAAAUAUAUUUUUACUCAAUAUGAAUGAAUAAAAAAAGCAGGAAUGUC